AUGAGCGACAAGCCAAGCGCGGCGAUCAAGCUCGGACGGCGGGCCGGCCGUGUGGCAGACGUCCGACUGGCCGUGUGGCAGACGUGCGACUGGAUCCGCAUCCUGUGGCACCCCAGCGCCUACAACGGCGAGGACGCCCGGCGCCUCCCCCUGUGCCUGGAGCCCAGCGAGGCGGCGAGAGCGGAGCUGGCCGGAUUCGAGAAGGCCCUCGUGGCGCAGCUGGCCAGCCGAACCGUGGCGGACCCGAAGAUCUUCGGCCGCUUGCUCACCACCCAGGAUAUGGAGAGCCGCUUCGUCUCCUGCCUCAAGAAGUCCACGCGAGGGAACCCCUUCAUCAAGCUCAAGCUCUGUUUGGACCGUGUCUGGCUGAUGAGCGGCCAGUGCGGUCUGCUGAUUGAAGUGACCGACCUCAUGCUCAAGGACGAGGAGCCCCAGAGGUGCUCGCAGCUACUGCCUCUGAGGGACCACCGCCUGCAGUCCGUGCUCCUCUCGCGCCCGAAUGGCCAGCUCACCCGCGCGGGCCAGUUCUUCUUCGGCCUCACCGGCCGGCGGCCCCCGAACCGCCAGUUCGACGAGGCCCAGCCGCUCAUCCGAGACGGUGCCUCCGACUACAUCCUCAUGAGAGGGGGGACGCGGAAGCUCGUGCGCACCCUGCAGCCCAACGGCCAGUACCAUGUCACCAAACUAGGAAAAGCCUUUUUCAAGGAUAAGUACACGGAGUGGCUGGCUCAUGUGCCCGUGAUCAUCCGGGGCCGCCGGAGGAACGGCAACCCCUACGAGCGCCAUGACUACCUGCCCGUUAUCACGCUGGAGCUGGGCCUGUCCCGGCAGAACGACGCUUGGAGUGAGGCGCAAAUCGCGCGCAACGUGAAGGAGGCGGUGCUCCGGCAGCUGGGGCAGCCUGGAGAGGGCGAACCCAUUUACAUGAUCAGUGGGGAAGUGUACAUCCUCCACCCCACCAACGAGUGGGCCUACAGGUCAGCUACCAGCUCUUCGCCGGAGACCAGAUCCUCGCUAGUGCCUCCCCGGCAGCUGGCGGAGCUGCUGAAGCUUCCGCUGCAAGAGGUCCUGGAAGACUUUAACUCCAUCUGUCCUGGGAACUGGCAGCAGCGGGGAGUGUCCCCCGCAGAGAUCCGCACCUUCUGCGUGUGGCGCAACGCACCCAUGUUCUACGCGGACUGCCGGGGCCGGCUGCUGGACAGCUUCCAGCCCACGGAGAAGGAGGAGCGGGCCGUCGCUUUCACCAGCUGGAACGGCCACGCCUUCUUCUACCGGAGUGCUCGGGCCGUGGCCAGCUGCGACGAGUCGGAGCAGCGGCCGCGCUACCGCCAGCUCAGGCGGGACACCCCAGUGCCCGAGUUCAAGGACUGGCAGCCCUGGGACGGAGAGAUCGCCUCCGGCUACUUUUGGACCGAAGACAUUCGCGGGGUCCGAGCGGACCUGCUGGCCCAGGGGCACCACCCGAAGGUCUCCAUGCGGGGCUUGUGCGAGUGGUCGUCAUUGCGCCUGCGAGUGCGCGGCGGAGCGGACUGCGUGAUUCGGGAGCUCUGCAAGGAUGCGGCGGUGCUGCAGCAGUGGACCGAGCGCCUGGGCGUGCCCUAUCGCGGGCAGCGCCUGGCCGGGGCCAGCUUGGAGGUCUUCUUGCACCUGCUGCAGGGCAAGCGCGAGGACACGCGGAGCCGCCGGGAGGAGUUGCUGGCCCAACAGCAGGGCAUGUGCAAGCUGUGCGGCGCGCCUAUCGGUCUGGGGACCUUCGAGAUAGAUCACGUCAUCCCGGUUUCCCAGUCCUUCGCCGGACAGCAGCUGGAGCUGCAGGCCCUGUGCUUGGAGUGCCAUCGGACCAAGACCAGCCUGGAGGGCAACCACAGCACCACCUUGGAGAGCCGGUUCUGCCGGUUUGUGUACCAGAACUACGCGGCCUCGCCUCGGCUGCCCCCCUUAGUCUUCCAGCUGCAGAAGUGGGACGACUCCCGCCCCUGCCAGGGCAUCGACGUGCGUCGCUGCCGCAAGAAUGGGUUGGCAAAUGCUCGCUUCCCGCUGCCCGUCUUUUCCCUGCUGGACUGCAUCGUCCCCACGGAGGAGGGCAAGCUCGCAGAUUUGACCUGGGUCGAACUGCCGUGCGACCGCCGCAAGGGCGUGCUGGCGGGGCUGGCCAAGUGGAGCCACUUCAAGUGGAGCCUGGACGCCGCCGCGCACGUCGACCAACACUGCCUGGAGCAGGUCCUGGAGCGCAUGGAGCAGAACUGGCCGGAGGGGGAAGAGCACUACGCCAAGCUGGCCAUCAACAGCCUCGUGGGGCUUUUUGCUCGAAAUCUAGAAUUGGUUUAUUCUAUGAAGACUUCAAACCAUGAGGUAGAUGGGGAGGGCUGCAGCUGGCGCCAGACCUUCACAGAUUCUGCUGGGAAAAGGCACUGGGAUCACAUCUUUGUCACCGAGCUGCUCUCCAACAGCAGCUACCGACCAAUUCAUGACUACAUCAUGGGAGCCGAGUACGUGGCGGUGGCCCGGAUUCGGCAGGCCUUGGCGGAGGUGCCGAAGCGCUACCUGAAGAGCAUCAAGACCGAUUGCCUGGUGAUGCAGGACGUCCCGAAGAAGCACCGGCCCGCCGUGGAGCGGCUGCUGCAGAUGUCGCACCGGGACGGUACCCCCGUCUACAGGUACGAGGAGGUGGCCGGUUUGAAGGGCCAGUACCGCGAGCCCAGCAUGGAAGCGGAGCCCAUCCGAGCGAAGCCGUCGUGGCGCCGAGUGGAGGACCCCGUGGAGCACUGCCUGGACGGCGAGAGCUUGCUGCUGACGGGCUUUCCGGGAACGGGCAAGACCCACCUGGCCAAGAAGAUCGUCGAAGCCCUUCGGGAGCACGGGGACACGGUGCACAUCAUCACCAAAACGCACGCGGCCGUGCAAAAUGUCGGGCUGGGGGCUCAGACGGCGGACCACUGGGUGCGGCGGAACGUGCGCGACGGGCACUGCAGCGCCACGUGGCUGGUCAUCGAAGAGCUGACGCAGCUCGAUACUCCCCUGUGGGCUGACAUAGCUUGUUUGAGCCUGAACAAGAAGAUUCGCUUUCUGCUGUUGGGAGACUUUCGGCAGCUGCCCGCCGUGCUCGAUAGCUUCGCGGGCGCGGAGGUCUGCAAGGAGCUGAAGGACAGCCAGCUGCUGCACGACCUGGCGGGCGGCUGGUGCCACGAGCUCUCGGAGCGCUGGCGCUUCGACGAGCGCAUCUUCGAGUUCCUGACCUGGUUGCGAGUCGACGAGCCCGAGCAGGUCCCGCUGCUUGAGGCAGUGCGGGAGGCCCGGCGGCGCUUCCCGAGGCGGGGGGAGCCCGACGUGAGCCUGGUCAUCUCCCAUGCAAAGCGGCUCCAGAUCAACGAGCGAGAGAACCGCAGGCUGGCGCCCGCCGAUGCCCUGCUGGUGCAGUACGAGGCUCGGGGUGCAGAAGGAACCUUCCUGACCGUGGAGGCAGUGGAGGGCGACGUCGUGCGCCUGGAGAGCGGCCAAUGCUUCGCGGGCCCGGAGCUGCUGAACACACCAGGCUUUGCAGCGCCAUCACCUACGCUUCGGUUCAAGGGCUGA